UGCCUGCCUUGUUGAAAAUAUUUUUUUUUUGAAAGUUGAAGCAAAACAUACGCAUAUUCACAAUAUUGCCUUUUUUAUGGUUCAAACGCUCUUCUUCUUAUUUGGAGAGGAGAGAUUUUACCAUUUUGACUAGUAAUAUUAAUUAAUUUUUCAAUCUCUUCUUAGAGAACAGAGAUUAUAUCAUUUCCACUAAUAAUAUUUAUUAAUGUUUUGAAAGAUCACAAAACAAGGAUGUAAUUAUAUGCAUGGAUGAUUCUAUAAUGCACGUAUUAGACAUGUUUGCUAUAUAGUGAUGCAUAUUAGGCAUGGAUGAGACAUGUUUGCAGAUAUAAUGAUGCAUAUUAGUCCUGUGUUAAAUAUGUGGUCUCAUCCAUGCCUAAUGUUUAGAAUUAACAACCUUGAAUAUAUGGAUUGGAAAUUUAGAAAUGAAACUGUGUUAGUUGAUGUCAAAAGUGUGUUUAUAUAAGCAGAAUAAUACGGGUACCAAACACGGCAUAUAUCACAUCUUGAUUCUUGAGGCGCGCUCUUUCCCCUCUCAUUUUCCUUACACUUAAACCCUUCUUCUAGGGUUUUGGUUUCUUAUAGGAUUUGUCUUUCAGUAAUCUGCCACGAAUAACAACAAUCACCGUCAUGUCUGAUCUCGGCUCUGCUCUCCCUGGCGCUGUCGCCGCUCUGAAUCCUGAGGAUCGAGCAGACCUUGUCAAUGAUCUCAAAAAUAAGGUUCAGGAUCUUAGUGGUAAGCACUCUGUAGUGCUGGAAGAGCUAUCUCCGAGAGUCAGGAAGCGCGUCGAGGUUCUGAGAGUGAUCCAGAGCCAACAUGAUGAGUUAGAAGCGAAAUUUUUUGAGGAGAGAGCAGCGCUUGAAGCAAAAUAUCAAAAACUUUAUCAACCACUCUACACUAAGCGAUAUGACAUUGUGAAUGGCAUUGUCGAAGCUGAAGGAAAUACAAAUGAUGCAGCUACAGACCAAGGAGAGGAUAAAGCUACAGAACAGAAAGGAGUGCCCGAUUUUUGGCUCACUGCAAUGAAGACUAAUGAAGUGAUAUCCCAUGAGAUUACUGAGCGUGAUGAAGGAGCUCUCAAGUUUCUUAAAGAUAUCAAGUGGUGCAGGAUAGAUGACCCCAACGGUUUCAGGCUUGAAUUUCACUUUGCCAAUAAUCCUUACUUCAAGAACUCUGUUCUGACUAAGGCUUAUCACAUGAUUGACGAAGAUGAACCCCUUCUGGAGAAAGUGAUAGGGACGGAGAUUGAAUGGUAUCCAGGGAAAUGCUUGACAGAGAAGCUGCUUAAGAAAAAGCCUAAGAAGGGUUUAAAGAAUGCAAAACCAAUCACAAGAACUGAAAAAUGUGAAAGUUUCUUCAACUUCUUCAGCCCACCUGAAGUCCCUGAAGAUGAUGAAGUUAUUGAUGAAGAUGCUGCUGAAGACCUUCAAAAUCUGAUGGAACAAGAUUAUGACAUUGGGUCAAUUAUUCGAGAUAAAAUUAUCCCCCGUGCUGUGUUGUGGUUUACCGGAGAGGCUGCUCCAGAUGACUUUGCAGAUAUUGAUGAUGGUGGUGAUGACGAAGAAGAAGAAGUAGAAGAUGAUGAAGAUGAUGAUGAGGAGGAGGAGGAGGAUGAUGACAAGGAAGAUGAAGAUGAAACCAGGACCAGGAAGAAGAAGGCCGGAAGAAACCAGGUUGGGGUUGGUCAGCAGGGUGAGCAGCCUCUUGAGUGCAAGCAGCAGUAACACAAUGCAAUGGACAGCGGAUUUUGCUUUUUUGGUUUAGAGUUGUUUAUGGGUGAUGAAGAUCGGAAUAUGCAAAGCGAGUUGGAAUGAGGCAUCAGUUUUGGUUUUUUCUUUUCGACCAUUAUAUAUUAAGAGCUUUAGAGUCCUUCUCUUUCAUUUGUUUGUGGAAUGUGUUUUGAGUUAGCCAGAGGUGCCCGGUUGUUUGAUAGAUGCAUGUUGUUGGAUUCUGAUACAGUGUUCCUAUAUCUUGCAGUGCCUGCAACCAAUUGUUUUUGAGGAAUACUUGAUAUUUUUAUUGAACAUCGCUUUACUGAUUA